AUGGAGCGAUGCUCCAUUCCUCCUUUCUGCUUCCUGUCUGAGUUCUGGCUCCUCCUCCUCUUGCUGAUCUCCGUGGCGACAGUCCCCGCCUCCUGCGGCCCUGAAGACCAGAAGUGGGGGGAACAAGGCAGCGAGAUGCAGACGGACUCUCUCCACCUGUCCAUCACUCCCCAAGCCACGCCCACUCCUCUGUGGGCGGUCAUCUGGGGCCCCACACAGCCAAUAGAGGACGAAACGCAUCAUUUCCUGUCCAGCCAGGAAACGGAUGUCCAGAAAGUGUCCACAUCUGAAGCGUGGUCAUUGAGGAGCGUCACGACCGUCAAACGUGACCGUCAGGCGCCGUCGCUGGAGGCCAGAGACGUGUCGGAAGAGGGGGAUGAUGGGAAAGCGGCAAAGGAAACAGAGGAAGUUGAUCCUCAGUUCUAUGUGACUGUCACCAUCUCGUCUGUGCUGAUUCUGUUGGCAGUUAUCAUCUCAGCUAAACUCUGUUAUGACCGCAGCUGUUCACAGAAUCCUCCUCCGCUCUCUCGGGGCGCCGGUCCCCCUCUCUCUCUCGCCAUCCCUCGUUCUCUCGCUCAGGAGGACAGCAGACAAGCCCUGCACAGCCCUCCCUCCUUCCCUGACAGAGAGCGGUAA